AUGGUCUGGUCUUUCGUCCAGGAUAUGAUCAUCAAGUGCAUCGGACUCAAGCUCUCUUACGCUCUCUCUCAGAUCAUCGAAGGUGUCUGCCUCAUCCCAAUCUUCUUCAUCCACAACAAGUGGGCUGCACUCGGACUCCUCACACCACUCGGUAUCGCUUGCUCUGUCUUCAACUCUGUCCCAUACGCCAUCGUCGGCAUGUGCUCAAAGGACGAAGAGAUGGGUACACUCAUGGGCAUCCUCAACAUCUUCGUCGUCGUCGGCCAGCAACUCGCUAACUGGAUCAUCGGCUCAGGCAUCGGCGCAGCAACAAAGGGCAAGAAGGGACCACUCCUCGGCUCUGGAUGCGUAUUCGCUUUCAUCGCUGCUAUCCUCUGCUUCUGGAUCAUAGUCCCAGAACAGAAGCCAGAAUCUCUCGACUUCGAUGACGACAGAGAAGACAUCAACAACGAGAAACCACAAGUUGAAAUCUAA